UCAGGUUCGGUCUGGAUCAGGAGAAGAUGGUCAUGUUCGAACAGUUUACAGCGCCAAAGAAAACUAUCAAGGAAGGAACUGGCCCGUGGUCCGAUUUCAAAUACAGAGUGUGGCGGAUCACUGAUUGGCCUUUUUCCAGUGUAGCCGCAAAGGUUUAUUUCGUGAUCGCCUCACUGCUAGUGGUCACGUCCACGUUCCUGGUCAUUGUGGCAACACACCCGCUGUUUAAACACGCGCUGACACGGGACGAGUGGCGCCAGUACUGGGCAGACGACUGGGACCUGCACAGCGAUGAAGUGGAGAAAUACCUCAAGAUCGGCGCGGACCGGGACAACUCGACCGACAACAACUUCACCCUCGGCGAGGAGGAGCUAGAAACGCUGAAGAGGCUGUCAGCCACGCACUACUCCAUCAGGUACACGGGCUACUUCUGCACCGCCUUCUUCACGACAGAGCUCUGUGUCCGUCUCAUUGUCUGUCCGUCCAUCCACGCAUUCUUCAAAUCAUUUCUCAACAUCGUCGAUGCCCUCGCUGUGAUCGUCGCCAUCGUGGAGUUGGUCGCCAACGUGAUCGUGUCGACGGAGCUGUUCGAGACGACGUACGUGGACGUGUUGAGCUGUUUCCAGAUCCUACGCGUGCUGCGACUCUACCGUCUGACGAGCCACAUCACCGGGGCCCGCGUGCUCAGCUACGCCGUGCGGAUAUCAGUCAACGAACUCGUCUUCAUGGCGCUGCUACUGACCAUCAACACGGUCAUCUUCGGCACCGUCGCCUACUACGCCGACCAGAGCAACAUGAAGAACAUCCUGAGGGCCUGCUGGUGGGCCGUGAUCACCAUGACGACCGUGGGAUACGGAGAUAUAGUUCCCUCGACAGCGGUCGGCAAACUGGUAGGAGUGCUGUGCGCGGCAAUGGGGAUCAUGGUCAUAGCCAUCACCGUUCCCCUGUUUGUAAAUAACUUUCUCACCUAUUACGUGUACGCUGACCUUCAGCCCGACCCGGCGAGUAAAGUGAACGCCAAACAGUCAAAAAGACGUACAGGUAGUAUGACCAGGAGCAAAGUUCAUCAAUGUACCCCAGAACGAGGCAGUGAUACCCCAAUCACCAUAGUAACAGAAUGUUGAUUUUUCACAAAUG